CAUGAUCCUUCCUGCACUCCCCGCGAGUCUAAACUAUGUAUUAGUAUUACUUGACAGCAUCCAGGAUGAGGGUCCAGCUGUGAGAUAAUUAAUUUACCCCCUAGACUGAUUAAUUAGUUUUCCUCUCAAUCGGAUUCGAUAGCCAUGAUCCACAUGCACAGUGUUAGGGAUCUUGACCCCAUGCUGUGUGUUCAGCUUUUAAAAGCUACUGCUCCGUACAACAACACAGGGGCUCUGCCGGUCGAGACUCCUCCCUUCCAUUUCCUCUAGUUUUUAUUUCUCUCUUGCUUUUAUACCCCGCUUCGUGCCUUAUCCCUAAUUCUUCACCUUGCACAUUCCUCCUUAUACCUAUAAUCAUAAUGUUGCGGAGAUUUUCUACAAACUUUAAGAGGUCAAAGAGCGACCGCGAUACCAAGCAAAAUGGCACUCCGGUGAACGGAGACAAGCGCCAGUCCAAAGUGUCGCCGGUGCGCAAGCCGUCUGCAGACGAAGAGAGGAGCAACAAGGCGGAGGAUGGCGUAUCGGUUUUCGACAAGUAUGCACAGGUCCUCCAUGCUUCGAGAAGCCCUCUACCCAACCAGACUGGGGACGGGGCCACUUUUGAGGAACAUCAGGGUAGUCGCAUGCAGGAUCUUCGCGCUCUUGGCUUCCAAGAUCUUGCUACCGCAAAGAACCUGAUCAUGUCGAAAGCCAAAGGGGAGCCUGUUGAUGAUAAGACGAUGCUUAUGGAGAAGAUUAUCCAACUCGUCAGCGGUCUCCCAGGAAACUCGAAGACUCGCGCUGACUUGACAAACGCAUUUCUAAACGAGCUAUGGGACUCCUUACCCCAUCCACCACUCUCAUACAUGGGCCCUGAGUAUUCCUAUCGGUCCGCCGAUGGCUCCAACAACAACCCUACCCUACCAUGGCUGGGUGCCGCCAAUACCCCAUAUGCGCGGUCAAUUGCCCCGUUGACUAUCCAGCCUGGGGGCUUACCCGAUGCAGGUUUGGUUUUUGAUAGCCUCUUUGCUCGUCAAAAGUUCAACCCUCACCCGAACAAGGUUUCCAGUCUGUUCUUUGACUGGGCAUCCUUGAUCAUCCACGAUAUCUUCCAGACCGAUCCCAGGAACCCGCACAUUAACAAGACUUCCGGUUACUUGGAUCUCUCCAUCUUGUAUGGUGACGUUCAGGAAGAGCAAGACCUAGUCCGGACACACAAAGAUGGCAAGCUGAAGCCCGAUGCUUUCUCUGAGCCUCGGCUCCAGGCUUUCCCUCCUGCUUGCUGUGUUAUGCUAGUCAUGCUUAACAGAUUCCACAACUAUGUGGUGGAACAGCUAGCAGAGGUCAAUGAAAACGGUCGCUUCACCAAGCCUGGCUCUCAUCUCUCUGAAGAACAGGCAAAGAAGGCUUGGGCAAAAUACGAUGAAGAUCUUUUCCAGACUGGCCGCCUCGUCACAUGUGGCUUGUAUAUCAAUAUCACCCUGUACGAUUAUCUGCGCACGAUUGUCAAUUUGAACAGAGUAAACAGCACAUGGUGUCUGGAUCCCCGAGCGCAAAUGGAGGGCAACGACCCCACACCAUCUGGCCUGGGUAACCAAUGUUCUGUGGAGUUUAAUCUUGCCUAUCGCUGGCACUCCACCAUCAGCGAGAAUGAUGAGAAGUGGACCGAGAAGAUCUACGAGGAGCUAAUGGGAAAGCCCGCCGCUGAGGUUACAAUCCCAGACCUGAUCAGGGGUCUUGGUAAAUACGAACAGGGUCUUUCGAAAGACCCUUCGGAGCGUACUUUUGCUGGUCUUCAACGCCAGGAAGAUGGCACUUUUAGGGACGAAGAGCUUGUGAAUAUCCUCGCCAAUGCUAUCGAAGAUGUUGCCAGCUCGUUUGGUGCACGUAACGUUCCCAAGGCUCUUAGAGCGGUUGAGAUUCUGGGGAUAAAUCAAGCCCGUAGGUGGAACGUCGGCUCCCUUAACGAAUUCCGCAAGUUUUUCGGCUUGAAGCCUUAUGAGAGGUUUGAGGAUAUCAAUUCGAACGAAGAAGUUGCGGAGGCCCUGCGUCAUCUUUACGAGCAUCCAGACUAUGUUGAACUCUACCCUGGUAUUGUUGCUGAGGAGGCCAAAGAACCUAUGAUACCUGGCGUUGGAAUUGCUCCUACAUACACUAUCUCUCGUGCGGUCCUAUCCGAUGCUGUGGCUCUCGUCCGAGGCGACCGCUUCUACACUGUCGAUUACAAUCCUCGGAAUCUGACCAACUGGGGAUACAAUGAGGUCCGUUACGACCUCAACGUGAACCAGGGAUGUGUCUUCUACAAGCUUGCGACCAGAGCCUUCCCUAAUUGGUUCAAGCAUGAUUCCAUCUAUGCUCAUUAUCCCAUGACUAUCCCCAGCGAAAACAGAAACAUUAUGAAGAAUUUGGGUAGGGAGUCUCAUUACUCCUACGAUCGCCCGGCCUUCACGCCUCCUCACGUGAAUCUGGUAUCGUACCCUAAUGUCAAGCUGGCUUUGGAGCGUGAAAAGGACUUCCGCGUGGUCUGGAGUGGUGCCACUUCGCUCACCUCCGCCCGAGGAGGCGAUGACUUCUGGAGCAAGUCAUUGAACAAUGAUCAGUGGCGAAAGAACAUCAAGGAUUUCUACGAAGACAUAACCGCCAAGCUGCUACAAGAUAAGUCUGGAAAUCUUGCGGGUAUCAAGCAAAUUGAUAUCACACGGGAUAUUGGAAACCUAGCACCUGUUCACUUUGCCUCGAAGCUCUUCUCUCUCCCAUUGAAGACCAAGGAGAACUCCCGCGGAGUCUUCACCGACAGUGAGACGUUCAUGAUUAUGGCCGUGAUCUUUACUAGCAUCUUCUUUGAUAUCGAUAAGACCAAGUCGUUUUCUCUUCAUCAUGCAGCUCGUGCCGUUUCUCAACAGCUGGGUCAAUCCGUUGAGAGCCAUAUCAAAUCUAUCAACUCCCCUGGAUUCCUUGGUGGCAUUAUUGACAGCUUCCGCAAUGACCACAACGUCUUGAAGGAAUAUGGCGACCAGCUGAUCAAGAAGCUUCUGGAAAGUGGCUUGGGCGUGUCUGAUGUCACGUAUUCUCAGGUGCUGCCUGCAGCUGUGGCGAUGGUCCACAACCAAGCUCAGAUGUUCACCCAAAUUAUCGACUAUUAUCUUUCCGAGGGCACAAAGCAUCUCCCUGAGAUUAACCGCCUUGCCAAGGAGGAUAGCAAGGAUUCCGAAGAUAAACUGAUGCGUUACUGCCUGGAAGCCUUCCGCCUCAAUGGAACAUUCGGAUCCUACCGUGAGGCCCAGACUGACCUCAGUAUGACCGACGAAACUGGGGAAGUCGACAUCAAGCGAGGCGAUAAGGUAUUCGUUGGUGCUGUGAAAGCCAACCGCGAUCCUAAUGUUUUCCAAGACCCCAAUGAAGUGCGUCUGGACCGACCUCUAGAAUCUUACAUCCAGUACGGGCUCGGCCCACAUACUGGCUUGGGCAAGGAAACUACCUUGCUUGCACUGACGUCCAUGCUGCGGGUUGUCGGUGGCUUGGACAACCUUCGGCGUGCACCCGGCCCUCAAGGUCAGCUGAAGAAGAUCCACCGUGAAGGUGGUUACUAUGUCUAUCUGAGGGAGGACUGGGGAAGUUACUCUCCAUUCCCAACAACCUUCAAGGUCCACUUCGACGGUGCAAUCCCGGCCCCCAAGAAGCGCUUUACCUCGUCCUAAGAUGUCGUCGCUUUGAAACCCGAUAUGUUCUCGAGGCUGAAUAAUUUGUUCUAG